AUGGCGCUAAUUUGCAAAUAUUUCACAUUUGGCGUUUUGUACCUGAUACUAUUAUUCAAAAAUUCACAGUGCGGCGGAGAUGGUUUUUUUAAAAUGUAUUCGAUUCAACAAAAUCCACCGGAUCCAUGUUACGACGAUAAUAAACCGAAAAAAUGCGUACCGGAUUUCGUUAACGCCGCAUUUGAAAAACCCGUGCAAGCAUCGAGCGUUUGCGGUGUGACGUCACCGGUCAGGUAUUGCGACGUACCGGACAUACCGGGAACGAGUAAUUGUCACAUAUGUGACGAUACGGUACCGAAAAAACGACACCCGGCAUCGUAUUUAACGGAUUUGAAUAAUCCGAGCAACGUGACGUGUUGGAGAUCCGAACCGCAAUUGACUCCAUCGUCACCCAACAGCCCACCUGACAACGUCACGUUCAUACUUCCGCUUGGUAAAAAAUACGAAUUAACUUACGUAAGUUUGCAAUUUUGUCCGCAAGCAUUAAAACCCGAUUCGAUCGCAAUAUAUAAAAGCAUGGAUUACGGUAAAACGUGGCAGGCCCUUCAAUUUUACUCCGGACAGUGUAAGAAAGUUUACGGAAGAUCAAACAGAGCAAUCAUAACGAAAGCAAACGAACAAGAAGCACUUUGCACGGAUUCCCACAGGUUCCACGCAGAAAAUACAAAAUCGGUCAUUAACAGAAUCGCAUUUAGUACUCUGGAAGGUAGGCCGAGUGCAAACGAUUUCGACAACAGUCCCGUUUUGCAAGAUUGGGUCACAGCAACGGACAUAAAAGUAACGUUUAAUCGUUUGCAUUUUCCACAAAUAAAAGACGACAAUCUAAACGAACCUCUUUUGGAAAAGAAUAGAAAAGAUGAUAGGAAAUCAAACAUGGAUUUGAAAAGAGGUUACGACGACAAAAGAAUAUCAUACGAUGACGACGAAGAUGACGACGACAACGACGAUCUCGAAGAAAAAUUAAACAUGAAUUUAAAUUUAAACAAAAUACCGAAUCAAACGAAACUUCCCUCUGGAACCAUGCAAAACCAAAUGCAAAAACACGGAUCGGGAAACGAACCUGGAUUGAAAUCCCAAAUCGACAUGAAUUCAAACGGUAUCCCUAAAUUUAUCGGGCCGAUGAACUUACACACAUCGCCGCUAAUAACAAACAAUCUCGUGACUUCUACAACAACAACCACGAUGACUUAUCAGUAUUCCGUAUCGGAUUUCGCUGUCGGUGGCAGAUGCAAAUGCAACGGUCACGCUAGUAGAUGCAUUCCAACGGGUCGUGAUGGUCAACUCACGUGCGAUUGUAAACAUAAUACGGCUGGAAGGGAUUGCGAACGUUGCAAACCGUUUUUUUUCGAUCGUCCAUGGGGAAGAGCAACAGAACGUGAUGCCAACGAAUGCAAGGCUUGCAAUUGUAAUCAACAUUCGAAAAAAUGUCGGUUCAAUAUGGAAUUGUAUAAAUUAUCGGGAAGAGUGAGCGGAGGUGUUUGUCUCAAAUGCAGGCAUUUUACCGCCGGAAGAUUUUGUCAUUAUUGUAAAGAAGGUUAUUAUAGAGAUCCUACGAAACCGAUAACUCAUAGGAAAGCUUGUAAAGCAUGCGAUUGUCAUCCCAUCGGUGCAUCUGGAAAAACAUGCAAUCAAACAACCGGACAAUGUCCGUGUAAAGAUGGCGUCACGGGUGUUACUUGUAAUAUGUGUGCCAAAGGAUAUCAACAGAGCAGAAGUCAAAUAGCUCCCUGCAUAAAAAUUCCAAAAGUACAUCAAACACAAGCGACGGAAGGUGAAGAUCCAGAUGAUGAUACCGGAUCAGGAAACGGAAGAGAUCAGUGUGGAAAAUGCAGAGCAGGAACAAGAAGACUGAAUCUCAAAAAAUAUUGCAAAAAGGAUUACGGUAAUUAUCCCACAAUACAAGAAAGAGAAACAGUUGGAGAAUGGGUGAAAUUUACGGUAAACGUACAAUCGGUUUACAAAAAAGCAAGAGAUUCAAAUUUGAAAAGAGGAAAUACACUAUUGUGGGCUCACAUAAACGAUUUAACGUGUAAAUGCCCAAAAAUCAAAACUAACAAGUCGUAUUUAGUUCUUGGAAAAGAAUUAGAUGGUGAUCAUCAAGGUUUGACAGUGAGUAGAAAAUCAAUAGUUAUAGAAUGGAAAGAUGAAUGGCAUAGAAGAAUGAAAAGAUUUCAAAGGAGAGCAAGAAAAUGCAAAUAA